AUGAUAGGCAUCGCCAAUCUCGUCACAUUCUUCUCAAUUGGCCUCGUUUUUCUUUCCAUCCUCACUUUCGUGAUUUUCGCCUCUCCUUUCCUUGUGAUUCUCCUCUGUCUCUUUGCGCCUGUGAUGUUGUUCAAGGAAACCAAAAAACGCAUCGCCGUUUUGAGUGAGAAUGUAGAGGACAAAAAGCGUCUGAGUGCCGAAGCUCUAAACAGAAACCCUCAGAGUAAGUUUUCAGUCCCCACUGGCAGAGGGUACGAAGUGUGCGACACCUCUGGGGUAGGUCCCGGUGUUAGUCUCCGAGAAGCCGUAUCCAAGGCGCCAACGGUGCAUCCCAGAGGGUUCAUCAAGGACGAAGAUUGA